UUUAAGCUUUAAAUGCAGCCCUGGGCAGCUGCGACAACACACUGUCACCCCCGCCCAAAAAAAAAAAAGUGUGCACACACUUUUAUCAUAAGCUGCAAGUUUUCGUUUGUUUUUAUUUUCAAAGCUAUGUCGACUAUAACAGCGGAUAUCUAUGCAGAGUUUCUGCAGCAGGAUGAGCACGUCAUGCGCGAUGAGGUGACCAUGCUGAGCUUCAAACAAGCCAUAGCAGCCAAUGCGCAGCUCUUUGCUGGCGCCACUGUGCUGGAGAUCAAUUGUGGCGGCAAUCCGCUGCUGGCGCUUUGGUCCGCUCAAGCAGGAGCAGCGCGUGUGCUGGCGGUGGAGUCACGUCCAGUUUGUCGCGUGGCGCGUCAGCUGGUGCAGCAGAAUAAACUGCAGCAUAUCAUCGAAGUUAUUGAAGGCGAACUGCAGCAGCUGACGCUGCCCGCUGUGGAUAUAAUUGUGUCCAAAUGGAUGGGUGCCUGUCUUAUGUUUAAUUCGACGCUUGAGGCGCUGCUCUAUGCGCGCGACAAAUGGCUCAAGACUGCUGGUCACAUUUUUCCACACAGUGCCAAUCUGUACAUGGCGCUGGCUGCUGAGCCACGUCAAGUGGCCACCAACUGGUCGUGCUAUGCUGCGUCGCUUAAUCUGUCGCAUGCUUUGUCCGUGAUGCGGCAAACUCCGCGGAUUUGCUGCGUCGAUGCCAGUCAGAUGCUCAGCAAGCGGCAGUUGCUGCGUCGCCUUGACUUGCAUAAGCUGCAGCGCCAGCAGCUAAGCUUCAAUGUGCCCUUUAAGCUGCGCACACUGCGCCAAGGUAUUGCCAAAUGGUUUGUGCUCUACUUUGACUUUAGUUUUCCGGGCGUGCAGCUUAAGCCGCUGAGCACCAGUCCCAGUGCAGCGCCCACGCAGUGGCAGCAAACGCUGCUGCAUAUCGAUGAGCAUUUGCCACUUUGCCAGGGCGACGCGCUCUGUGGUCAGUUCAAGCUGCAGCGCGGCCAACGUCAUCUGGACUUUGAUAUCGAUUGGCAGUUUGCCAAUCAGCUGCUGCGCAUUCAACGCCAUAAGCAAAUCUAUCGCAUGCAGCCUCAAGUUAAGCCUUAGACUCUGUUAUUUCGAUUGCUGAGUUAAAUAUAUCAAAAGUGUAUUUGAUAAAAAAAAAACUCAACUCUGUCUCUCUCUCUCUCUCUCUGUCUGCUGAUCCACUGCUGGGUUAUGCGUCAUCAAGCACAUCAGUGUCAGUCACUGUCAGCAGCACUUCUAACUGUAAAUGCGUAGCU